AGAUUCUGUGAAGAUGAAAAAGGAUAUCUUAUGGUUUUACAGAAUAUAAAGCAAUAUUGUCUGACAUGACGGCAAAAAAUGUUGGUGUGACUUCCACAAAUGGAGACUUGAAAGGAUUUAUAGAUCAGAACCAGAGUCCAACAAAAGGUAAUAUUUCAAUAAUUACAUUACCAGUUUCCAGCACCAACUCUCCAACUAAGAUCUUGCCAAAAACCUUAGGACCAAUCAAUGUGAAUGUUGGACCCCAAAUGAUCAUAAGCACAUCACAAAGACUGACCAAUUCAGGGAGUGUUCUGAUUGGGAGUCCGUAUAACCCAGCUCCAGCAAUGGUCACACAGACACACAUAACGGAAGCUUCUGGCUGGGUCCCAGGGGACAGGAAGCGGAAUCGAGAAUUUAUAGAAUCAGAUUUUUCAGAAAGUAAGAGAAGCAAAAAAGGAGAUAAAAAUGGGAAGGGUCUGAGGCAUUUUUCAAUGAAAGUAUGUGAAAAAGUUCAACGUAAAGGAACAACUUCAUACAAUGAAGUCGCUGAUGAGCUGGUAUCAGAAUUCACAAAUUCUAACAGCCACCUUGCUACAGAUUCGCAGGCCUAUGAUCAGAAAAAUAUUAGACGGAGAGUUUAUGAUGCCCUUAAUGUCCUGAUGGCAAUGAACAUAAUUUCAAAGGAGAAGAAGGAAAUCAGAUGGAUCGGCCUUCCUACAAACUCAGCUCAGGAAUGUCAGAAUCUAGAGAUAGAAAAACAGAAACGGAUUGAAAGGAUAAAACAGAAGCGAGCCCAACUACAAGAACUGCUGCUGCAGCAAAUAGCAUUCAAAAACUUGGUACAAAGAAAUCAGCAAAAUGAACAACAAAAUCAAGGCCCUCCAGCUUUGAACUCAACAAUACAGCUGCCUUUCUUAAUAGUCAACACUAGCAAAAGAACAGUUAUAGACUGCAGCAUAUCAAGUGAUAAAUUUGAAUACCUCUUUAAUUUUGAUAACACUUUUGAGAUUCAUGAUGACAGUGAGGUGCUGAAGAGAAUGGGAAUGUCCUUUGGGCUUGAGGCAGGCAAAUGCUCAGCUGAGGACCUAAGAACUGCAAAAUCACUGGUGCCAAAAGCUUUAGAAGGCUACAUCACAGAUAUGUCUGCAGGAUUUUCAUGGAUAAACCAAGGGUUACUUUCAAGUUCAGCACAAGCAGUUUCACAGUUAGAGGUAGCAGGAGGCACUUCUGAUGCUAAAUCAAGUGAGAAUCCAGGGUUGUGUUUGGAUGCUGAAGUGGCCUUAGCAACUGGGCAGUUUCUUGCCCCUAGCAGUCAACAGUCCAGCAGUGCAACAUCACGCUACUCUGAAUCACGGGGAGAAACUCCAUGCUCAUUCAAUGAUGAAGAUGACGAGGAUGAAGAUGAGGAUUCUUCCUCCCCAGAAUAAGGACAGUAGAAAAUGGAAUAUACAAAAUGCUGCUCAUAAAUAUUCUUAAUGGGAGCUCCUGUUUGGAUUUUACUUAAGUUUCUUGCCUUGGUUUGCACUGUGUUCAGUGAAGCAAAAUGGAAGCUUCAAAACAAAUUCAUCCACAGCUGAAAUUGAAAACUUUUUGUAACUGAACAGAGUGCCAUGCAGACACAGAGCAAAGUGGGUUUUAUCAACUAUUACCAAGGAAAAGAACAAAGUCCCUGGAGAUUUGGCAAAGUAAACAGCAAGUUCACAUUUUCCAUUUUGGGACAUUCUGUCUCAAGUCUCCGUCUUCCCCUUAUCUUUACCAGAUGGAGAAGAAAACAGUGUCAGUCAAGAAAUGCCAGUUCUUGCAUUGUCUUUCGGCUGUGCUACCUUUAGAAAAAGGGGGGGAGAGAGCACGCGCGAAUGCGCUAAAAUAGCUAUUUAAAACUAUCUUAUAUGAAAAUUGUUCUAGGGAAAAGGAGCUGUUAGAAUGUUUGCUUUUUUCCUGUUCAACUUGCUGUAUAGAAGAUUCUUAAAGUAAUAUAAAUUGCAAGUGAUUAAAUGAAUCUUGAAAUAGUUUAAAUCCAUUUUAGAUAUUCUAAAAGUAACAAUAGUAUGUCUCUUUUGAAAGGUUCGUAAGUUCAUUUAUACUGCAGACCUAAUUUAUUAUAAGUGAUUAUUCUUAGCCAUUAUUAAACAGUCAGGAUAAAAACAGCAGUAUUCUCUGCACCAGUUUUUUUUUCAA